UUUUUACACAGUCACGCAGGAUAACAACACACUUCAAGACAGCUGUCCGUCAAAGGUGUAUUAAUACAACCAAACAACACCACGUGGUCAGGUCAACGACGGACAACUGGCGACAUAUUGUCGGUAAACCCGCCGGAGGACUCGCAGCGAUGCCGGACGUUGAACCGCUCAGAUUCCCGUCCAGGGAAGGACGACCGAGCCAGCCAGAUCAAGCAGAUCUCCAGGCCCCCUGCUCUGGUAGACGUCGUGCAUGUGCUCUGCUCAACAGCCCCCUGCCAUGUGUCAACAAUGCUACUUAUCAUAUCCAAGAGCUGAAGAUGGCAGCGGAAAAUUGGUGUCAACAGUCUGGAAAAUAUCCGCCACAGAUCAAUCAGGAUAAGCAUCAAUACAGCAACACUUUAAGAUUUCAGUCCAGAGACUCAGAUACUGAAUCGGUAACAUCUGCGGAAUUGUUCGUCGAAGGCGUCGCAAUUAGUGCUCGAGAAUGCAACAAUCUCGUAAAGUGUUUUAACCCUCCAGAAAGCUGUCCUUUAUCGUCACCACUGAAGAAAAUAAACGACGUCCUCGGCGAGGUCACGUGUCUGAUUGAGCGGCUGGAGGCCGAUCGGCAGUACGCCGAGGUCGCUCUCCGCAAAGAGAAGAGAAGGAAGCGAUUCCUGGAGAACCAAGUCGACGGUAUUUCCCAAUGGAAGCAACAAGAGCGCUCUCUUUUAAUCCAAAAAGAGCACGACGCAUGCAUUAAAGAAAUCUCUGAGCUGAAGUGGCAACUCAAACUAGACAGAGAGAAGCUUGACCAAGCUCGGGAGAAGCUCUCGUACGCGGAGGCGUGGAACCGGAGCUUACGCGAGGACAUCGACUUCGCCAAGAAACAAAUGCCCGUUGUGAAAGCAAACCUGGAGCUGCAGAGAGGAAUCAUAAAUCAGAUCAACGCGGCACAAGCUGAGACCGACGAAGUCUACUCAAACACACGAAGCGAGUUCCUACUGCUCGACGAGGAGAAAAAAAAGAUGGAGCUGGACGCCAACGAUGAAAUGAUCUCGAUGGAUCGCGCUCUGUCAGUGACUAAGAAUCAGCUGGCGAGCACAUUGGACGAGUUAAACCAGUUGAAGAUGCUCGAGGAAGCGAUGUGGGCAGAAAUCAAGGAUGCUGAAAAGACGAUUGCACUAACGGGAGACAAGUGCUCAGCCACGACACGACGUGUCCCGGAAUUGCUGGAGCUCGAGAAAACUGCGAACGACUGGAUUCUGCAAUCGGAACUUGAAAUUGAGGAUGAAAUGCGAAGGAAUGCGAUAUUAAAUGAGAGGCUAGUUGCACUGCAAGGAGAAAUUGAGAAAACUAGACUUCUCGGGGAAGCGGAGGUUUCCCGCGUAGAAGAGCAGCUCCUUUCAAAACGUAACGCCUUGGCGGCGCUCCGUCGAGAAAACAUGGAGUGUGAACAGAAUGUGGAAGACGACAAGAUGAAAAUAUCUGAGAGCGAGAAGGCGGUGAAGCAGAUGCACGAGGAGAGGAAGCAGAUGCUCCAGAAAAUCAUCGACAAUGACGAGCAGUGGGAAAAGGCCGAGGAGGAAGUGACCCAGGUUGCAGCUCAGCACAGUGUCACCCGGACUAAACUGGAAGAGCAGGAGCAGCUCACCUUCACGGAAGAAGAGAGAGUCAGGAUGGCGAUUGAAGACCUGAGGAAACAUCUGAUGGGUCAGAUGACUGCCCGGGAGCUACUGAAGAGUCAGUGUGCAAAUAUAAAUGAAGAACUGUUUCAACACCAGAGGAGUUCGGAGCGGCCGAACAAAAAACUUCAGAAAGAAUUUGAAGAGGCAUCCGCAGCAACGGAAGAACUGGAAACAGAAGUUUUGAAAAUGAAGAAAUUGACAGAACAUUUUGAGAAGAUUCAGCGUGAACACGAAGAGAAACUAGUCCGGCUUGAGGAGGAGAAACAACUCCAAUGUGCGCUCCUGAAAGAGGCCCAGGAUUCAAACGCCGCCGCCGUGGAGAGAUACGACAACACCCGGGCCCGGAUCAGCGACCUCAGGAAGAAGAGCGCACACUACCGGGAUGCUUCAGAUACAAUGGAAGUGAUGAUCCAAAGCAUGCCGGAAGUCAUCGAUGAACUUGAAAGUGUUUUUGAUGCCAUGGAAUCCAAAAACAAGUCAGCCGCUCUUGUAAUGAGCACCUUGCAGUCUGAUAUUAAUAACUGCCAACAACGAGCACAGCGAUCCAUGCAGACACACGCCGCUCAUGUUACGGCGAGAAGGAAGGAAAUGGAAGCCACCAAGGCCGCGCUGCUCGCUGCACUGGAGGAGAACGAGCGGCUGGCGAGCCAGUACCAAAGUCUGCAGAAGAUCCUCACGGAGGCCAAACGAGAGGCCGUGUCUGCACUGAGCGAGAAAACCCGAGCGCAGGAAUCCUUUCAUUACUACACAGAGCUCUCUUUGUUGCAGAAGAGGAUGCACAAAGCUCUGGUGAAAUACUUCAAACAACGCAGCCUCUGCAGCCGGGCUGAACUGGACCGGUGCCAGGCUCUUUCUCAAGAGACCGACCAGGGGAUACAAACUGCUCAGGAGGGGUUGUCAGCAGAAAUUCAGCUCAUCUCCGCGUUCCUCCAGUCCUUGACGGAUGACUCUACUCCCGCCGCCGCCGUCGAGGUGAACAAACAAGCCGGUCCCGGGAUCGAAUGAGUAGAUGCCUCCAGUUCAAAUAGCAAUGUAAUUGGACAUUCACCUGUACCAGACAACUUACUUACUUACCCUAGCACGCUUCACUAUCCACCCCCCCACCCUCUUUACUUGCAGCGAAUCCAUAACAAUGAAACAGGUGACUUUCAUGCUGCUGUCAGGACUGAUCUAAUUUUAGCUGGGUGAAUGAUUGCAAUUGGCUUUGCCUCAUCAGAUAAUUAAUCUAUGUCACCAUUAAUUGGAAAAGAGAAUAAUUACAGGCAGUGUUGACAGAAAUUCUACGCUUCUCCAGAUUCCGGGAUCUAAUUACAACUAGUGAAACCCCCGUGACCUUAACCAGCACUUAGUCCACCGUGGCCACCUUGACCGUGUCCACGCGAAGACCACCCUCUCUUGAAAAGACCCUGUUUUUUUUCUUCUUUGGGGUGUGUUAGCGCCUCCCCGCACUCCCCACUCUUCCCCACUCUCUCUGAGAGCUGUCUCCCUCAAUCACUUUUCAAUAUUCAAUCUUAAUUUUGUGGAAGUUUAGCAUUUUCAAUGAGCUGGAGAUGAAUGAUUAAUGAAUAAAUUUAAAUGCUU